GCAGCCCAACGUGAACAGAAAUCUCAACUAGCAACAACUCGCAGCAACGAAAAAUAGAGUGCGUGGGAUUCUGGAAGGGGGAGCAUUUCCGCACAACACCGGCACCUCCUGAUUUACAAAUUAAGCAAUGUAUGUUACACAUGUCCUGUAUGAUCCAUGCAUUUUAAGGUCACGAUUAAAUUGGUGGUAAACAUUCUGUUCGUGAUAAACAUGAGGACCCCCAAGUAAGGGUUUUCUGCUAUUACUCGAGAUGAUGGACAUUAUUUGCACGGAAGACUAUUAGAAGCAAUUUAGUAGCAUAUGUUAAGUCAUGUGUGAAGCAAGGCAGUGUCGACGCUAUCAAGGAGAAUGGGCGGUUCGUAUCGCUUGUUCCUCCUCCAUAACGAACCGAAUGAAUGGCGACUCACGCAUCUGAUCACGGUCUUCCCUUUGCCUUCUACAGGGGCUUAUGAUUGGCGCCUAUGAGGAAGACACUCCCACAGCUUGGCUAUUAUUAAGUUCCAGGUUCUGUGUGAGACGGCCAACCUCAGACCACCGUUCGCCAGCCAGCCCAACCACUGACACGCAUUUUAUCCUUUCACUUCGGUGUCUGGGAGGAGACCUAUAGGUGAGUGUCCACUAACACCGUCCUCAUCCACCCGGGCUGCACCACCCACGGCCAAGCCCACCUCCAUUCCCAGCCCCUCACCCCGCGGCAUCAUGGGGGACGUAGUCCAGAUGCACUUCUCCACGCCGGACUAUGUGAUCUUCGCCCUGCUGCUGGUAGCGUCCACGUGCAUCGGCCUGUUCUACGCCCUGUCUGGCGGGCGCCAGCGCACCACGCAGGAGUUCCUAUUGGCCGACCGUUCUAUGCGCUGCCUGCCCGUGUCGCUCUCGCUGCUCGCCACCUUCCAGUCAGCCGUGGCCAUCCUGGGAGUGCCCUCUGAGAUCUACACCUACGGAACGCAGUACUGGUUCCUGGGAGUCUCCUACUUCCUGGGUCUGCUUGUCCCCGCCCACGUCUUCAUACCUGUCUUCUACAGGCUCCGCCUCACCAGUGCUUAUGAGUAUUUGGAGCUGCGCUUCAAUAAGACGGUUCGCAUCAUGGGCACCGUGACCUUUAUCUUUCAGAUGGUGAUCUAUAUGGGAGUGGUCCUCUAUGCACCAGCACUCGCACUCAAUGCAGUGACUGGAUUUGACCUCUGGGGGGCAGUGCUGGCCAUGGGACUGGUGUGCACCCUGUACACAACAUUAGGAGGGCUGAAAGCAGUCAUCUGGACCGACGUGUUCCAGACCAUUGUGAUGUUUGCUGGCCAACUGGCGGUCAUCAUAGUGGGGGCUCACCAGGCAGGAGGCAUGGGAGAGGUGUGGAGGAAAGCCAUCAACGGCAGCCGCAUCGCAAGUCUGGACCUGAACCCUGACCCGACGGAGAGGCACACGUUCUGGACGCUGGGCGUGGGCGGGGUGUUCCUCAUGCUGGCGCUGUACGGGGUCAACCAGGCCCAGGUCCAGAGGUACCUCAGCUCCCGCACUGAGAGGGAGGCAGUCAUGUCGUGCUACGUGGUGUUUCCCUGCCAGCAGGUGGUGUUGUGUCUGGGCUGUCUGAUGGGCCUGGUGAUGUUUGCUCGCUACGGUGAGGAUAGCCCACUGGAUAAGGGUUACGUCAAAACCAACGACCAGAUGGUGCUGUACUUUGUGAUGGAUGUGUUCAGGGACCUGCCUGGCCUACCAGGGCUGUUUGUCGCCUGCCUGUUCAGCGGCGCUCUCAGUACCAUCUCAUCAGCGUUUAACUCCCUAGCGACGGUAACCAUGGAGGACCUAAUCAAGCCUUACUGCCCGGCCAUGACGGAGGCCAAAGCCACACUGCUCUCCAAAGGCCUGGCAUUUGCCUACGGGCUGGUGUGUCUGGCCAUGGCCUACACCGCGUCUCACAUGGGCUCAGUGCUGCAGGCAGCAUUAAGUAUCUUUGGGAUGGUGGGUGGUCCUCUCCUCGGGCUCUUCUGUCUGGGAAUGUUCUUCCCCUGGGCUAACUCCACUGGUGCGAUAGUAGGGUUGGUGGCAGGCCUGGUUAUGGCCUUCUGGAUUGGCAUUGGGCAUUUCGUGUCCCGUAUGGCGGUGCCCACUACUCUGCCCCCCAUCAUCAACGGCACCGCUAUGCCCCUCCCCAGCAACAUGACCACUGCUGUCAUGACCACCGCUGUCAUGACCACUCUGAUUACCUUGAUCACCGCCAAACCAAAGCCUACGGGUGUGCAAGCCCUGUACAAUCUAUCCUAUUUGUGGUACAGUGCCCACAACUCUACCACUGUGGUGAUAGUGGGACUGAUAGUCAGCCUGCUGACUGGUCCUAUGAAGAAGAAGGACCUGACCCCAGGGACGGUGUACCCUGUCCUGGGCAACCUGCUCUUCUUCCUGUCUGAAUGCUACAGGGAGAUACUCUGUUGUGUCACCCCACUGCCACAGAAGCCCAAAGCUAUCGACACGCAUCCUUACCAGAUGGCCCGGAAGGAGAGCAAUGGAGUGUCCCAUCCCAAAGAGGAGGAGAAGACUGAGGAGACGGAGCGAGAGAAGGAUGAGGACGAGGAGACCGCAACCCCUCAGCCUUCCUGCCGACUGGCUCACACGUUGCAGGAGACGGCCUUGUAGACACCCCCUCCCCCCAACACACACACACACAGCCCCCAGCCAAGUCCCAGCACUUUCACAAGCCCCCCUACUGCUCAGCUUUCUCUGCCCCAGGGGAGAAGAUCCACAUAGGACCGGAGGGCAAUGGAGACUCAGGGUUCCUGGACAUGACUUCCAUCAAGCGCCACAGGGUCAAUGUGGAGGAACAGGGAGUUUCACCUCUGACCCUUACUUCCUGGAGAAACUGAUACACCACAAAUCGCUGGUGGUUAAGAGAGUCAGAGCCCGAGUCCUUUGCUAGAUUGAAGAAUGGUAUAAAAACGUGGUUAGUGGAUGGGGGUCCAGGGGUAUCUUGAAUUCAUUGGUACCUCAUUAACGAUGGCACUGGUCAGUUUUCCUGAACUGAAGUAACUGGAAAUCACUAGUUAUGAAACUGGAGUUUUGAGAAGAGCCAAAAUGUCUGAAUCAAGGUGGAUUCCUGGAUGGAGAAAUACUAACGCAACACAAGUGGCAAUCACGCUCCGAGCUGAGGAGAAGUCUCGUCAUUGUUGGACUGAACCAAAGCCUGGACUGUGAUUGUGUCACUCUGUGAUUUCGUCCAAUUAUGAUUGAAGGAUUGUGGCCGCGCACAAUGAGUUGUUCCAAUGACUGUGAAAAUGGACCCAAGUCUUUCUGUUUAUCGAAGAGAAUCAGGUAGCGACCAGGCAGUGAAGAGCGAGGUACUUCAGAUGUAACUGUCACUGCAUGUUAUUUUUAUAGAGAACAUUAAGCAGGUACGUCAGAUGGACUAAGAAUAUUACAAAAUAUUUGAUGUCCCAGUAGACAACUUAAGGCAUAGUGACCGUGUUCUAAGUCCUUUUCACAUAUGAAAUUCGGUAUCCUUGAUCAGUUUCCUGAAUUGUGACAAUCUACAAAAUACGUUUUGCUUUCUCAAGAUCUGAAAAUAACCGUUUCAGAAUGUGAUUUGCGAGACACAUUCCAUUCCACAUGCCGUUAGGAAGCUAGCUUGUUAACAACGGGCAAGAAGUUUCACACGACUCACGCUGCUGCGUCACAAUACCUUGUACUCUGGUCCUGGAACUUGGACCCGCCACUCACCCAGGUCCAGGAUCAGUUUGAGCCAGGGCUGAUUUGCGUUUCACAUGUUUUAUAGAUCGGAUCAGGUACCAAAUGCUCUAGGAUACGGAUCAUACAGAAAUAUGUGAAAGCGCCCUUAAUCGAUAGCUUUGGUUUCUUAAGCUCCGUACGUCUGUUUGCUUUACAUGGCCUUUGUUUAACGUUUGCCUUUCAAGCUGCUAUAGUAAAUGAAUACGUACUUAGAUAAGAGCGAGAUAAGUGCAGCAUACAGAUCCAUAGAGCACAAGGGAUCACCCUCAUUUGCCAUUUACUGGGAUCAUGUUUUUAGAGAGAGAAAGGCCAUACUUACUUCAUUGAGAUAACCAGACAAACUGUUGGUUUGCGAGUGACAAUAUUGAAUGUAGAAUACCAUGUCCUCUCAAUCCAUCCACACUGUAGAUCCCAUAGUUGUCAUGAAGUGCCUCAUCAGUAGUCUGUGUUAAAUGUAGUUCUGUUAAUUUGACAACUGAUCAGUGUGUAAUCAGGAUUGUGAUCAAGUAGACUUCUGCUAUAAUGAUUCUCCAUGUGUGUCUUGGAUGUUAACUUUACGUACAUGACUUUUG